UGGACUGACCUCACUUUAACGUGUAAAUGUAGCAUCACAAAUGCAAAGAACAUGACCUGGUAUUUUAUGGGUAAUGACAACGUGCGCAGCAACAUUAAUACUAACGUGCGCAUUGAUACUACUCUGUCUACAUGUAAUUCUGUUCUGACAAUCCCAUCCACUAGCACGUCAGUGAACUGGAAUGGAACUUUCAUUUGUGUGGUUAAUGACGCCUAUUCAGGAAACCGGACAAUUAAUGUGUACAGAAGGGCCAAAAGUUCACAGAUUACCAGAUCCCCGAUUAAUACAGGAUUCACAUGCAACUCUUUUGUCAACUUUUCAUGCUGUGUGGACAAC